AUGAAUGGUAUAGGCAUCCAUAUGGAACAGUGCUUUUUGAAGUGGGGUGAAGAUGAAUGUGUUCAUCUUGUGCCUGGGAAGUUCCACAUGGAUGCCUCCUGCUGUGCAGUUGGUGCAGCAUGGGUCACCGAAUGUGAGGAGUGCCCCAAAUCUGGCAUUAAAGAAUAUACAACAUUAUGCCUGAGGGGACCUGGCUUUGCUAACAGAAGGGAGUUUCUUACUGGCUGGCCAUUUUAUAAAAAUAUUUGUUCUGGUCUUAUUUUUACCUUUAUCUAUAAAUGAAUGCAAACAUUUCCUGAAAUGUGCACAUAUGGAAUGAAAAAUACCAUUGGAAGUUUUAAGGGUCAGUGUAACAGUGGUUUUGCUUUAGAUAUAGAAGAAAGAAAUUGUACAGACAUUGAUGAAUGCAAGAGUUCUCCUGACCUUUGUGGAAGUGGUACUUGUGUCAACACUCCAGGCAGUUUUCAGUGUGAAUGUUUUGAAGGUUAUGAAAGCAGGUUCAUGAUGAUGAAGAACUGUAUUGACAUUACUGAACGUGAACAUAACUCUCUACUUUGUAGAGAUGGAAACUGUGUGAACACUGAAGGCAGCUUUGAAUGUGACUACAUACUUGGACAUGAAAUACCAUCACAUGAGGAUUGUGUGGAUAUAAAUGACUGUUCUCUGAGUGAUAAUCUAUGUAGAAAUGGAAAACGUGUGAACAUGAUUGGACCGCAGUGUUCUUGUAAUCCUGGAUAUCAAGCAACUCCAGACAGGCAAAGCUAUAUGGAUAUUGAUGAGUAUAGGAUAAUGAAUGGAAGCUGUGGUAGCCAGUGUACUAAUUCAGAAGGCAGCUAUGAAUGUCUUUGCAGUGAAGUUUAUACCCUGAUGCCAGAUAUGAGAACCUGUGCAGAUAUUGAUGAUUGUGAAAAAAAUCCUGGUAUCUGUGAUGGUGGCCAAUGUACUAAUAUUACUGGUGGCUAUCUCUGUUAUGAUGGUUUCAUGGCUUCUAUGGAUAUGAAAACAUGUAUUGAUCUGGUUGAAUGUUCUAAUGGAACCCACCCAUGUAGUAUAAAUGCCCAGUGUAUGAACCGUGCUUGUUUUGAAGGAUUCGCUGGAGAUGGCUUUACUUGCUUAGAUGUUGAUGAGUGUGCAGAAAAGUUUAAUCUUUGUGAGAAUGGACAGUGCUUGAAUAUCCCUGCUACAUUUCAAUGUGACUAUGAGAUGGGCUUCACUCCAGGUUCAGAGAGCAGAUUCUGCCAAGAUGUUGAUGAAUGCUCAUUCCAGAAUAUCCAUGUCUUUGGAACAUAUAAAAACUUUCCAGGAAUGUUUCAUAGCAUCUCUGAUGAUGGUUAUGAGUUGGAUAGAACAGAAGGAAACUGUACAGAUGUUGAUGAGUGUGCUGAUUCCAUCAAUUGUAUUAAUGGUCUCUGUGUUAAUACCUCUGGUCAAUAUGAGUGUAACUUUCCACCAGACUUCCAGCUAAACCCAACUGGUGUAGGUUGUGUGGAUAAUCAAGUUGGUAAUUGCUACCUGAAAUUUGGUCCCCGUGGGGAAGGGCUUCUGUCCUGCAACACUGACAUUGGUGUUGGAGUUAGUUGCUCCUCAUGCUGCUGCUCUCUGGGAAAGGCCUGGGGAAAUCCCUGUGAGAAUUGUGCAUCUAUGAACAGCACUGAGUAUUAUACUCUGUGUCCAGGAGGUGAGGGCUUCAGACCUAAUCCUGUCACUAUCAUCCUUGAAAGUAUUGAUGAAUGCCAAGAAUUACCAGGUCUCUGCCAAGGUGGAAACUAUAUCAACACUUUUGGGAGCUUCCAGUGUGUAUGUCCACAUGACUACUACCUCAGUGAGGAAACUUGUGUCUGUGAAGAUUUUGAUGAAUGUUUUGCACAUCCUGGUGUCUGUGGGCCUGGGACCUACUAUAACACCUUGGGAAAUUACACCUGCAUUUGUCCUCCUGAAUAUAUGCAAAUCAAUGGCGGACAUAACUGUUUGGAUGUGAGAAAAAGCUUUUGCUAUCAGAACAAAACCACCUGUGAAAAUGAGCUGCGCUUUAAUGUGACCAAGAGGAUGUGCUGCUGCACAUAUAAUUUUGGCAACACUUGGAAUAAGCCUUGUGAACCAUGCCCAACUUCAGGAGCAGUUGAAUUUAAAGCCAUAUGUGGAAACAUUCCUGGAUUUACCUUAGACAUUCAUACAGGCAAAGCUGUAGAUGUUGAUGAAUACAAGGAGAUUCCAGAUAUUUGUGCAAAUGGUGUUUGUAUUAACCAGACUGGCAAUUUUCACUGCGAAUGUCCUACAGGAUUCAAUUACAAUGAUCUACUCUUGGUCUGUGAAGAGGAAGUGUCAGAGGUAAGAUCAGAACUCAGGUGUCUGAAUAUAAAUGAAUGUGAUGAAGAUCCCAACAUCUGCCUUUUUGACUCUUGCAUAAAUACUCUAUGGGGUUUCCAAUGUGCCUACCCCACACAUUUUAUUUUUUCUGAUAAUGGAUGGAGAUGCUUUGAUACUCGCCAGAAUUUCAACUUGAAAAAUUUUGAGAAUGGAAUGUGCACAGUAGCAAAAGCUUUCAAUGCCACAAAGGAAUGUUGCAGUAAAAUGCCAGGAGAAGGGUGGGGUGACCCUUGUGAACUGUGUCCCAAAGGUGAUGAAGUUGCUUUCCAGGAUUUAUGUCCAUUUGGCCACAGAACUGUCCCUAGUCUUUAUGAUACAUGGGAAGAUGUCGAUGAAUGUCUUGAAAGCUCAGACAUUUGUUUAAAUGGUCAGUGUAUCAACACAGAUGGAUUAUUUGGCUGUGAAUGCCCCAUGGGUUACAACCUAGAUUAUGCUCCUGUACACUGUGUGGAUACAAAUGAAUGUUCAGGUGGGAAUUCUUGUGGAAAUGGAACAUAUAUUAAUGUUGUUGAGAGUUUUGAAUGCAACUGCAAUGAUGGAUUUGAGCCAGGUCCCACGAUAAAUUGUGAAAAUAUCAAGGAAUGUGCCCAGAAUCCACUGUUAUGUACUUUUUGCUGCAUAAAUACCUUUGGUUACUAUGCAUGCACUUGUCCUGCUGGCUAUGCCCUAAGGGAAGAUCAAAAGAUGUGUAAAGAUCUAGAUAAAUGUGUUGAAAGCUUACAUGACUGUGAAUCCAGAUGCAUAAUGUGUAAGAAUAUUAUUGGUACUUUCAUGUGUGUCUGCCCCACUGGAAUGUCCCAAAGAUCUGAUGGGGAAAGUUGUAUAGAUGACAGAAAAAGAUUCUGCUUUGCUGAACUUCUACAGUCCAUAUGUCACAUGGCUUCCAGUAGCCAGAACCUUGUCACAAAGUCUGAGUGUUGCUGUCGUGAAGGAUGCGGCUGGCAUAACCAAUGUGAACUUUGCCCACUUCCUGUAACUAUACAGUAUGUAAAGAUUUGUCAUGGCCCAGGAUAUGCCACAGAUGGAAGAGAUACAGAUGAAUAUAAAGUGAUGCAAAACUUGUAUAAUAAUGAUCAGUGUAUUAAUACCAUGGAUUCAUUCAGAUGCUUCUGCAAUGUUGGCUAUAUAGCCAACACAAGUGGAACUUCUUGUGUAGAUUUUGAUGAGUGUUCCCCAUCUCUUAAACCUUGCAACUUCAUCUGCAAAAACACUGAUGGAAGUUAUAAGUGUUCUUAUCCUCCAGGAUAUAUCCUUCAAGAAGAUGGAAAGACUUAUAGAGAAGUGGAUGAAUAUGAUGCAAACCAUAAGUGCCAGCAUGACUGCCAAAACAUUCUCAGAGGUUACAGGUGUGGUUGUCCACAAGGGUAUAUUCAACAUUAUCAGUGGAAUCAAUAUGUUGAUGAAAAUGAGUGCACCAAUCCAAAUGCUUGUGGUUCUGCCUCCUUCUACAAUACCUUUGGAAGUGACAGGUGUACUUAUCCAUCCGGAUUGUCUUUUGACCAGUUUUCCAGUGAAUGCCAUGAUGUGAAUGAAUAUUUAUCAACAAACAACCUACGCAAUUACGGUUGUUCCAACACAGAAGGCGGUUAUCUCUGUGGUUGCCCACCUGGGUACUACAGAAUCAGACGAGGUCACUGUGUCUCAGGAAUGGGAUUUAACAAAGGCCAGUAUCUAUCAAUGGCUACAGAGGUAGAUGAAGAAAAUACUUUGUCUCCUCAAGCGGGCAAAAUAAACAGCUACCCUAAGAAAGAAAGCAGACAAAAAGGAAAUAUUAAUGAAACUAAACCAGCUGUGGUUGAAAAGAUGGGCUUAGAAACUAUAAAUGUGGACACCCCAAUAAAAAUGAAAUUCAACCUUUCCAGCCUUGGCGUUAAGUUACAUGUUCUACAAUUCAUGGCUGCCAUUGAGUCACUCAACAACCACAUUCAAUACAUCAUCUCACAGGGAAAUGACAAUGGCAUCUUCCAAAUUGACCAACAGGAUGGGCUAAGCUACUUGCACAUGGCCAAGAAAAAAUCUGUGCCUGGAACAUACACACUGGAGAUCACUAGCAUUCCUCUGUAUAAGCAGAAAGGACUUGAGAAACUGGAAGAUAGUAAUGAGGACAACUACCUCCUAGGGGAUCUUGGUGAAACUCUCAAAAUGAGACUUCAACUCUACUAG